UCCUCUCGGCGAGAAAGAGUCCUACUCGCGGAUGAUAGAGGAGGAUUAGCUUUUCUUCAGCUUCACUUCUCGAAGCGUUGAAUGACUGGUCCCCAUUCGUCUAUGCAUCGGCCACCUCGCAGAUUUUUUGGCGUCUACCACUACUUUGGUAUUCCGCGAGCGUUUUGUCUCUAUCAAAGCUAUUCGCUGCUGUCAAUUUAUACUUAUGCUACCUUGCUUGCUGUGUCGUUCCAUGGUGUAUAUCUGCCCUUCUUACUCCAUGGCACGAUGGCACAUCGGGAUCAUGCGGCUCAAAGGCCUUGUUCGAUCCUAGCUCGUGCCAUGAUGGCCGUUACGACAUACCUGAAAUUUGUUCUUUUUCUAGUUGUCCUGCUUAUCGUACUGGGACUUGUCGCUUGGAUUCUAGUAUCCCCGCAAUCCCUCUUAGCUCCGUUGGUAGAGUGCUCCAUGCUGAGAUCAGUCUUUCAAGUCGACUAGGGAGAAUCGGUAAUAAAGGAUGCCACUUUGGGCCCACAAAAGUCCUGAUGUGGUCCAAGCGACUUGACUCCGAGAAGGCGCAUUUCUGGUUCGAUCCCAGCUAAUGUCAUGGACAUAACACGUAGACGUUUUCUUCUUGGGAAUGGUCAUA